GUCAGUACCGAAUUCGAUGAGAUCAAGUUUUGCGCCUCUCAGCCACUUACCUUCGAGUCUAUUCCGUGGCCCCUGCUCUGUCUACCAGAGAAGCGAACCUUCGUGGGCAUCGAGUGGGCUGCUGUCGAGACGUUCUUUGCGGUUGCGAAGAUUGCCCUCGGCGAACAGCAGUACAGGAUGGUGCUGGAGAAGACACAUCGGCGAUUCCAUCCAGAUAGGUGGAGAGCUCGG